AUGCACACCUGCAGCGAAGUCCAGUCGUCUUCCUUCCUCCGCAUUGAUAUGACUAUAACGACUUAUCGAUGUCCUUCUAAUCCUGAGCGAACUGGGAUCAGUCGGACAAGAGGGACAAGACUGAACAAAUGGAGGUGCUCAGAGACAGGGGAUGAGCGACGGAGCAAGGAGCAGUUCAAAAACAAGAAAGACUUAAAAAGGGAGAGUGAUGAUCACGCGCUGAGCUGUCCUGCCACCAUGGAGAAGACGUAUUCUCUGACGGCUCAUUAUGACGAGUUUCAGGAGGUGAAGUACGGUGGCCGCUACAGCAGUGACAUCCUCAGCAACGGCAUGACGCUCCAUCUCGGGGGCAGCCUGGACCGCCACGUGAGCAGGGACCGGGGCAGCUCCUGGACCUCCAGCAAACACCGGAAUCGUGACUUGAGUAGCUCCAGCAAAGACAGCCUUCCGCGGUGGAGCCGGAGGGAGAUCUGCCUUCUCUCGGCUUUAGUAUUCGCAGCCGGUAUGUGUGUGAUCCUCGGGAGCAUGUUAGCGCUCAAAUACAUUUCUCUGGACGCACAACAAGACCCGCAGUGCCGCCAGGACUGCCAGAAGAAGCGCUCGUUACUGCGGGCGGCACGGUUCGUCCAGGCCAACAUCGACCCGACCAUCCAGCCCUGCGAGGACUUCUACUCUUUCGCCUGCGGGGGCUGGCUGCGUCGUCAUGGGAUACCGGAGGAUAAGCUGAGCUACGGCAUCAUCACGGCCAUCGGCGAGCACAACGAGGAGAAGCUACAGCGCCUCCUGCUGGAGCCCAUCAGGAGGCCCGGCCCAGAGUCAGCAGAGCGCAAGGUCAAAGAGUUCUACAGGUCCUGUGUAAACAUAGAGGAGAUCGACAAGCUGGGCUCAGAGCCGAUGGUGGAGGUGAUUGACAGCUGUGGGGGGUGGGACCAGGUGUGGGUGCAUAGCGGCGGGACAGCAGGCUGGAUGACGGAGGGCGCCCCCCAGAGGCCGGACAUAAACGAGAUGUUGUACAGAACACAGGGCGUCUACAGCACGGCCGUCUUCUUCUCUCUCACUGUCAACGUGGACGACAAGAACUCCUCCAGGAACGCCAUCAGGGUCGACCAGGAGGGACUGACGCUGCCUGAAAGAAGCCUCUAUUUGGGACAAGACGAAGACAGCGUCAAAAUCUUGGCGGCGUACAAGGCGCUGAUGGAGCGGCUGCUGAGCAUGCUGGGAGCUCACAACGCCACGCAGAAGUCCAAGGAGAUCAUGCUUCUGGAAACACGCCUCGCCAACAUCACCAUUUCUGACUACGACGACCAAAGAAAAGACAUCAGCACCAUGUACAACCGCAUCACCCUCCGACAGCUGCAGAAGAUCGCUCCCAGUUUUCACUGGAAGCGAUUACUGGACCAGAUUUUCCACGACAACUUCUCGGAGGACGAGGAGAUUGUGGUCCUGGCGACAGACUACAUCCAGAAGGUGUCGGAAAUCGUCAACACCACGUCAAAAAGGUAA